UUGAAUUUUUAGAUGUUUAGACAAACAAAGAAUGUGGACCAGGCAGGCAGCAUUGAGCUUGUACAAAGCAUUACUGAGGAAAGAAGGGCUACAGCCUCCUGCAGCGAAGCCGGCUCGUUUAACCCACGCUACAGGAUAUACACCGCGCACAACCCUACUGGCGUAUCCGGCUUCUGUCUUGUUCUACGCUGUUCUGGCAACACACAGACAACAUGAGCACUCCCACGCAAGAUUCCGCUGUGUACAGUGAGCUGCCAGCGGGUGUUAAGCGACAGGCCACCCAGCUUAAACUGGCUGACGACGUGAGAGACGGCAGUGCCUAUCUAAGCAGCUUCCUACGCCGACAUGUCGCCCCACGAAAUCUAGCCACAGCGGCUGCAGCAAACGAUGCUCACCAGGUGGUGCUCCUUGACACAGUCGUGCCGAAGAAGCGGCCCUCGUCUCUCCAGAAGAAGGGCCGCCGCCAGCUGAAUGCGCGCGAGCGUCGCGGCGUUGACUGCUUCGCCGCCUCGACCGCGCGGCAGACGUACCGCACACACGUGCCGCUGCACACGCUGUGGCGCGGCUACAUGCGCUCGCUGCUGCAGCUAGAGCCGAGCCGCGCGCUCGCCGCCGACGCGCAGCACAGGCUGCUGAAAGCCGACUACCACGGCUGCGUGCUGACGGUGGCGCGCUCACGCUGCCCGUCGCUCGUCGGCGUUGCCGGCAUCGUGCUGCAGGAGACGCGCUGCACGUGGCGGCUGGUGACGCGCGAGGACCGGCUCGUCACCGUGCCGAAGGCGACGUGCGUGUUCACCUUCGAGCUCGAAGGUCACGUCGUGACGCUCUACGGCAAGCACUUCGUGCACCGGCCCGCGGACCGAUGCUCGAAGAAGUUUAAGAGCAAGGCCACUAUUGAUCUGUAGCAGGGGGCUGCCCUGUACUGUAACAU